GGUUGGAACUGCUGCUGGAGUCAGACUUACUUACCCUGAGAAGAAGAGGAAGGAGCAGCUGUGGUGGUGGGAUGGCCUGUGCUUUCAGCUGAUUGGCGGGAACUGAGGUUUGUCCAUGGAGAAAUCCAAGGGUCCCACCACUGGAUUUACAAAAGCCACCUGUGGAUGGAGAGCCCUGCUUCUCCCGCAGCUGAACAGACAGUCCCUGUACGUGUACGGCAGCGAGGUGGCAGUGGAGAAGGAGUGCAAGCGUCAGCUGGAGAGCGGAGUCUUUGUCAUUCACCCCUUCAGCCCCAUGAGGAGUUACUACAUCAUGGUGAUGAUGGCCAUCACCUUUCUGAACCUGAUUGGGAUUCCCAUGGAGAUAGCGUUCCUGGAUGGUGACAGCGGCCUGGCCUGGGAGAGUUUCAACGUGUUCUCAGACACGCUGUUCCUGCUGGACGUGGUUCUGAACUUUCGGAUGGGCAUCAUAACGGAGGACGCUGAGGAAGCUAUUCUGGAUAUCAAAAGAAUCCGGGUUAGUUACCUGAGGACAUGGUUCAUACCUGAUGUCAUAGCGGCCUUCCCGAUCGGAUACAUUCUGCUGUUUGCGGAUUUACAUUACCACAAUGACGACAACCCAUCCAAGGCCAACAAGAUGAUGAGGAUACUGAUGUUUGUGCGAAUCCUGAGCUUGAUCCGGCUGGCUCGAGUGUCCAGAUUGGUCAGGUUCUUCAACGAAGUUGAGAAAGUGUCAAAUGCAAACCUGGAGGUGGUUCGCCUUUUUUUCCGCAUCCUGUCCCUCUUCAUGAUGAUUUUUUUGCUGUGUCAUUGGAACGGCUGCAUCCAGUACUUCGUCCCAAUGCUGGAGGAGUUUCCCACCGACUGCUGGGUUCGCAAGGAAAACCUGAUGAAUGCCACGGUCAUCGUUAAAUACUCUUGGGGAGUUUUCCGAGCUCUUUCCCAGAUGAUUGCUCUCUCUUAUGGAUCCAUGGAUGCUCCAACAAAUUACAUAGAGAUGUGGAUUGUGAUGGUCAGCAUGGUGUCCGGUUGUAUGAUGUAUACCAUCCUUGUAGCCAACGCUACCACCAUGAUCGCAAACCUCGACCCAGCAGCCAAGGAAUACAAAAGCAAGAUGAGCCGCUUGGAGCAUUACAUGGCCUUCAUGAAGCUCCCACCAGAGCUGCAUCUUCGUAUCACCAACUACUACCAGGCACGCUAUGGAGGGAAGUGGUUCGAUGAGAAAUACAUCAUGGACACAAUAUCCUCAUCACUUAAAGAGCAAAUCCUGAUGGUGAUGUGCAGCCAGUUGCUGAAGAAAGUGCCAAUGUUUCAGAACAGAGACGAAAACUUCAUCAACGAUGUCCUCCUAAAACUACAUUAUGAGGUUUUCCAGGAGGGAGACGUCAUCGUUCGACAGCACGUCCCCGGCGAUCGCAUGUUCUUCAUCGAUCACGGAGAGCUCCUGAUGGAGACUGAGUCCUAUGAGAGGGAGCUCUGUGAUGGAGACUUUUUUGGAGAGACAUGCGUGCUGACCAAAGGCAAGCAUCUGGCCACAGUCAAGGCGCUGACUGACUGCCAGUGCUUCUCUUUGUCCUGGGACGACUUUCAGGAGACGCUCGGGGGCUUCCCAGACAUCAAGAAGGACUUAGAAAAAAUUAUCCUGCUCAACUCUGAGGGUGGAGUUGUGUAAGACCAAAGAGCAGAACUAUUUUCUGUAAAGGACUGAAUCUAAUCCUAUGCACUUCCAGGGCAUUUGGUUGGCUAUGGGGCGGCCAUUUAAGAGUUUUGCACAGUGAUAAAGUUGAGCACCUUUUAAAUGGUGAGACGGAUCUUUCAGCUCUAAAACCUACUGAUCUGCAGACUGAAGAAAACAAAGACCUCAACAUUUCAGGGGAAUUUGGGUUUUCUGCCUUUUAUUUGUUGAAUUAUUACAGUUAGUCGCAAAAUAACAAACCUAAAUGGAAACCUCUUCGCUCUGGUUACUGUCUGAUUGGAGCUCAAUCUGCUUCUGGGAAACGUAGUUUAAUCAUUAUUUAUUCACCUAAAUAAGUAUUUAUUUCAUGCUUCUAGGAACCAUAGAUGUGUCACUGGGGUGUUUCACAAAAGAUACCGCAUAGUUCAUAGGGUUAUAUACAUUCACCGUGGGUUUAAUUUUAAUAUUAACGUUGGGCUUUUAAUCAUAUGAUCAAGACUUUAUCUUAGUAUUGAAUUUUACCGCCUCUAAUACCCAAUUUAAAUGUAGUUAAGAUCACAAAGAGCAGCAGCAUUGUUAUGAAGAGAGAAUGAGAAAAAGAGUCUGAAAUAGGUUUUAACCAUAAUCAGUAUCGUCAUAGGAAUUUGGACCACAUCCAAAUUUUUUAAUAAUCUACUUCUGAUCAACGUUUAGAUUAAAAUUUAGGCAAAAAUAGGGGUUUUAUCAAGACAAUGAUCACAAAUGGUCAUUCAAAUUUGUU